UUCUCCCACCCCAAAACAUCAAAAUCAUAAUCUCUAAAUAUAAUGUUUUUUUAAUUUUAGCCUUAGUUUGAUGUAUUAAAUAGAAGAUUGAAAUUUCUAGAGAAAGAUAUAUCAAAAGUUCACAACAUUGCGCAUUAAUUUUUCUUUUAAAUAUUUUGGUUUGCUGAGAAAUACAAAAUCAAAGAACGACCGCACCCAACAUAAACAUCGUUGAAAUAAUUCAGUUUAUUAUUAAAAAGUCUCUUCCUAAAAAUCAAAGAUGAAUUAUGGAAGAAAAACACCAUCAUCAUACCGAUCGAAUCAUUCGGUACACUCUCAUGCAACUACUGGGAGAUCAGGGCUUUCGAGGUCAACUAAGUCACUAAGGAUUCCCUGGUAUCAAAGACCAUUAGUUAAAAACAAUCAGUACAUUAACAUUCAGAAAGGUGCCAUCAUAAUGGGAACACUUUCAAUUUUUAUUGCACUUUUCACUAUUGGAUUUGGAAUUUUUGACUUGUACUGUUAUUCAAUGGCAGCUCCAGGAUCAACUCAUUAUGGCUAUUAUAUCAUCUCCUAUGAGUUUGUUUAUGUUGGGAACAACCACGUUAGAAAUGUUUUGGUGGUCUUUGCACUAUUUUCGGUACUAGCGGCUGCUGUUAUAUUUGUUACCAGCAUAAUGUUGAUUGUGGCAUUACGAAAGGAAUAUGAAUCGAAAGUCGUUCCAUGGUUGUGGAGCUACGGAGCUUUCCUCGGAUUCCGUUUCUUUGCAUUUUUAUUCUUCGCGAUUGUCAACGAUUUGAUCUUUUUCUAUAAUAUCGCAAUGACAAUGCUGUGGAUUAUUAUUAUUGCUGUCUCGAUUUACGGCUGGCUUGUCGUAUAUUCAUUGUAUCUUGAACUCUCUAAUUUGACGAAACUCGAAGAUUUAGCGCAUUUAAGGAUGGGAACGAUGCAGUCUCUGAAUGCAUCAGCAAUGCAAUCGCUGGCGGGAUCUCGUCCCACAACUCCGCAUAGCACCGUCUCUACAAUGCCAGUCUCAUCGAUCCAUUAAAAAUUCAAACAAAUAUUUUGCACAGAAAAAUGAAAACGUCCGUAGAGAAUCUCACAACAUAUUAAAAUUAAGAAUUUAUGAAAAGACAAGAAGAGAGAAUAUCAAACAAAAUUCCGUCCAAAAAGGAAAAUUUAUUUGUAAAAGUAGUAAAAUAGUUUUAUAAGAAUUUACAACUGUAAGAUGUCAGGCUCUGCCGUUCUUUGUAACAGAAAUCAUCUGGUGACUUACAAAUUUAAUGCCUUCUACUCUCAUGUAACUCAUCAUUGUUUAAAAACAAAAUAAACAAGAAGAAUUUUAAUUAUA